AAGAGGACACGGGGCUUUCUUCUCGGGGUCUGCCUGGUCCCCCCCGUGCUGCUGCCACUGCUGCUGCUGCUGCAGCUGGUGAGGGGAGCCCCCCUUGGCCAGGGGCUGUACCCCAUGCCGGCCAGCGUCCUGCAAGCGCUGUCGAGCCGAGGGACGCUGGUGCUGGAGGCAGCGCUGAGGAGCGCGCUGCUGGCUCUGGAACGGGCGCUGGCUGAGCAGCAGUGGCAGCGGGGUGCCUGCGGGCUCUGUGCCCCCUGCCUCUUCCCCCCCUGUGCCAACCUCACCCACCGCUGCCCAUCACCAGCUGUGCCCCCUGCCGUGCCCCCUACAAUGCCCCCCAGCUGCCAGGCCCUGCUGGAUGCCCAGGCACUGCCCGAGCUGCCCAAGCGCAACUGGGCGCUGAGCCAGGCAUGUGCCCCCUACCAGCACCUGUGCCCACCCGAGGAGGCCCAACACACCUGCACCCCACUCAGUGCCCAGCUCUGCCUCCACCGCCUCCAGGAGUGCCGGAUGGCAGCCGCAGCCCCAGGUGCCGAUGCAACAGCAGAGGCGGUGAUGCCAGGGACAUGUGGGCACCGUGGGGGCCGCCAGGACAACGGCACGGCCCACCGAGGACGGAUCAUGGGCGGCAGCGUGGCCCCACGUGGGGCCUGGCCCUGGCUGGUGUCGGUGCGGCUCCACGGGGAGCUGAUGUGUGGAGGGGUGCUGGUGGGGCACUCCUGGGUCCUCACCGCAGCCCACUGCUUCACUGGGAACCGGAAUGAGCUGGUGUGGACAGUGGUAGUGGGUGACCAUGAGCUGGGCAAGCCAGAUGCGGGCGAGCGGACAGUGCCCGUCCGGCGCAUCCUGCCUCACCCCAAGUUUAACCCCAAGACAUUUCAUGGGGACCUGGCACUGCUGGAGCUGGCGGUGCCGUUGGCCCCGUCGCCCACCGUCAGCCCCGUGUGCCUGCCCAGCAGCCCCGCAGAGCCCAGCCCUGGCACUGCCUGCUACAUCGUGGGCUGGGGGUCCCUCUAUGAAGAGGGGCCAACAGCCGAUGUGGUGAUGGAGGCGCGGGUGCCCCUGCUCAGCCAGGAGACGUGUCGGGGUGCCCUGGGCAAGGACCUGCUCACCAGUGCCAUGUUCUGUGCUGGGUAUUUGUCUGGGGGAAUAGACUCCUGUCAGGGAGACUCAGGGGGCCCGCUGGCGUGCCAGGACCCCUCCUCUCACCGCUUCGUCCUCUACGGCAUCACCUCGUGGGGUGAUGGUUGCGGCGAGCGGGGCAAACCGGGCGUCUACACCCGUGUUGCUGCCUUUGUGGACUGGCUGAGCCUCCAGAUGGACCCUGCCCCCAGCAGCCGGGAACCGAGCUGCUUCGACCUGCUGGCGCUGGCCCAGCUGCCCCCCGAGCAGCAGCCCCCCGAGCGUGCCCGCCUCUGCGCCUUCUAUGCCAGGUCCUGCCGGCCCCCCCAAGGCCGGGCUGCCUGUGCCCGCCUGGCCGAGGAGACCUGCCGUGCCAGGACAAGACGAUGUGAGUUGCACUCCUAUGCCCAGACCUUGGUGGAUCUCCUGCGCCGGGCUGGUGACUUCAUCCGAAACCAGUUUGACUUCUCCUUCCUCACCCACACCCUGCCCCAGCUCCUGGGCAAGAUCUAUGGGCACCUCUUCCCACCCCGCGUUCGCAGGGAUGCCCCAGGCCUGGUUGUGGCAGGGGGCCAGCCCAGCCCCACAGCAAAGGGAGCCCAGAGACCCCCCUCCAGGCAGGGGACAGGGCAGUCACCCCACUUCGCAGGGCUCUUUGGGGCUGUGGGGCCCCAGCUGCAGGACUGGGUGGAGGCGCUGAGGGCCAUGGCGGGGGGCAGCUUCCCAGCACCUACCCCAGAUGAGGAGCAGCUGCCGAGGGAGACGUGGCUCUUCUUGCAGCAGGGAGAGGAGGUGGUGGAGGAGCUGGUGGGACAGGGACGAGCCUUCCUCGCACAGCUACGGGCAGAGCUGGACCUCGACACCCCUCUUGAAGCCAUGGAACCACAAUGGGCACCUGAAAAACUGUCAGGGACCCCUGCACUCAGCCGGUCUGCACCAAGGGAGAAACGUGAGCUGGUGCCUACGGAGCUCCCAGGGGUGGAGGAGGAGGAGGCAGAUGUGGGCAGAGUUUGCCCUGGCCUCAACGAGUCGGCAGCGCGGGUGGGUGCGGUGCGGGAGCUGUACGCAUGGGUGCUGCGGGUGCCUGAGCCAGACCUGGCCAUGACCUUCCAGGAGAUCCUGGUGGACUUGACCUCCAAAAAUGCCAAGGGGCUAUACCGGGCGCAGGUGCGGGCCACAGUAGGGGGCCGCCCCACGGUCUUCGCUGGCCUGGUGGGGCUGGAGAGCGACUCACUGGCCCGCAGCAUGCCUGGCCUCGUCGCUCUGGCACUCGAGGCACUGAAAACAUAAUGGUGCCCUGGGGCAACAUGCCAGUAUGGGGAUGGGACACUGGGGUAGUGGUCUUUUAUAUCCUCCGAACACAGUUGCAUCUCCAGCUCAGGCUCUUCCACAUUUUUGUCCCUCAUCGUGCCUCAGUUUCCCUCUUCCUGCCAGCACUGGCCAUCCUCCCCAGGGCAAUGGGGCACUGGGGGAGACCUGGAGUGUCUCAGCCAAGGAUCUCAGCCCUCCUCUCCCCUGGGACCCCCACCUUGGCAAGCCCACCCCCACCUCAUUUUCCCUAGAGGCACUUGGGCUGUUAUUUAUUUGUACAGAGAAAGGUCUAUUUUUCAAUAAAGACGGGUUUUAUUUUCCAGUA